CAAAUUUUUUUUCAAGAUAAAAAUUAACUUCCGAAAUGUUUACCUUUUACCGGAUCUAAAUUUAGAACUAUUAACAAUAGAAAAAUUUCCAAAUUUUAGUUAUAGAAGGAAUUCUUAUGUAGUGUUGUGUGCAGCCACAAAUCAAGAUUCGGCUCAGAAGACAGCUUCUCUAUUUUCUGAUGCAGUAUCUAAUUUAGUAAAUGUUAAAUCAGGACCUACUAAAAGACGUUUCCGCAUUUGUGGCAAGGGCAAGCGAAAAAAAUCAAUAUUCAAGGUUCACAGAAAACGUAUUGCCCAAGAAAAUAUUAUAAUACACCCAUCUGAAAUUGCCAUGGAACCUAAUACACGCGGUAGACCAACUCGCUCCCGCCGAAAACGUCAAACUCGCAGUUCUCGUCUUUUAGGAGGUACUCACACUGCACAAUCAACAGAACAGGGCCCCGCUUUUCUUCAUGGACACCCAAUUCUGCAGAAUUUAUUUGCGGUGUUCAUAAUUAUAAUGGGUUUCAUCGCAUCGUUUUUCGUUUCGCAUUUUAUUGUGAUACCUUUUUUAAAAUUUUGCAAGAGAAAACAGUAUGGCUACGACCCUGUGCCUGUGGAUUCUGGACUUUUCUUAAUGCCAGUCACUCUUUGAAAGUCUAGACACACAUCAAAAUGAUUGAGCCGCAAAUAAUGAACAGCUGUUUUGGGAUGACAUCACAAUUGUGUUUUCCAUGUUCAAUUAAAAAAAACUUUCAAGCUUGCGGUAGCUGUGCUGCGUUGAGGCCGAUCUAAUCUUGUAGUGAUAAGACGAAAGUCUAUGCAAAUAAUAUUUUGGAACAUUUAAAGGUCAACACAUUAUGCCGCAAAUAGCACCUACACUUAAAUUGAAUAAUGGCCAAGACAUGCCAACUAUCGGCCUUGGUACCUGGCGCUCUUAUGAGUCAGAUGCAGAGCGUUCUGUUAAAGAUGCGAUCGAUAUCGGAUAUCGUCAUAUAGAUACUGCUUUUGUGUAUGAAAACGAACAUGAGAUUGGAAGCGCCAUUAAUGCCAAACUUGCAGAAGGUGUAAUUAAACGUGAAGACAUAUUUGUUGUCACUAAAUUAGCUGGAGUGCAUCAUAAUCCAGAUAUAGUAGAGCAUGCUUGUCGCACAAGUUUAAAAAAUCUUAAUUUGAGUUAUAUUGAUCAAUAUCUGAUACACUUUCCGGUUGGCCAAGAAUACGUUAGUGACGAUAACUUAUCUGGACCAGUAUCUAAUGUGGAUUAUGUAGAUACAUGGCAAGCAAUGGAGAAACUGGUUGAUUUAGGUUUGGUACGUGGAAUUGGGUUGUCUAACUUCAAUUCUGAUCAAAUACAACGUGUACUUGAUAUUGCUCGUAUUAAGCCAGUGGUCAACCAGGUGGAAUGUCAUCCUGGUUUCAAUCAAAAGAAAUUAAUUGAAUUCUGCAAGAGAAACAACAUUGUUGUAACUGCGUAUUGUCCGCUUGCAAGACCCAAGCCAGCACAGCAAUGGCCUCCAUUUUUGUAUGACGGCACCGCACAGAAAUUGGCGGAAAAAUAUGGAAAGACAUCAGCUCAGAUUUGUUUACGUUACUUAAUACAAAUCGGCACGAUUCCCAUACCGAAGUCUGUGUCUAAGAACCGAAUCGCUGAAAAUUUCGAUGUAUUCGACUUUGAGUUGAAAGAAGAAGAUAUGAUAUUUAUGGAUAAAUAUCACAACGGACGUCGCACAAUUCCUUUUAGUGGACUAUCACAACACAAAUAUUUUCCGUUUAAUACAGAAUUUUAAUAUAUUUUGGUAUUUUUUAAAAAACAAAACAAUAGAUUUAGUGUACAAUUUGUUGGAAUUGGUUUCAGAAAUUCUAAAUUUCAAAUACAGCCUGUGUAAUUAUAAAUUACUUGUACCUUCUCAUCAAUAAAUAGAUUAUUUUAGGCA